UCGCCCUCCUGUGUGCUGAGCAGCCCUGGAGCUCUCUAGAAAAAGAAAACCGCCAUCAGCAACCCCAUUCAGGGCUGAUUUUUGAGAUGCACUUUUGGUUUUAAUAACCACCGUCAGUUCAGCGGGCUUCACAGGUGGGAAAAGAAACGCCGCGGGCUGAGCCUGAGUUACUGCCUCUGGUGGGGCCAGCCGUUCCCGCAGCCUCCAGUCACGAGGAAAGGAGUGGGCAGCUGCGGCCACUGAAGAUGUCGACUCCCUCCUAAGAAGUGUUCCUGCCUCCUACAAGAAAAGACCUUCUCCACAGUGACCAGGCUGGUUCACCCCAGGGCUUCACCUGCUUUCUCUCAUCAACAGUGGGAAGCCUCCUACAGUGUUUAAGAGAUUUAAAACACACUUCCUCGGGGUGACAGAGUUAAUAAGCCAGACGGCAGGACGUCAAAGCCUCCUAUCUUAUUUGAUAAUCUGAGUCCCAUUUAAAGGAGAAUAUGAAAGUAUUACUCAGGCUUCUUUGUUUCAUCACUUUACUGAUUCCUUCUCUGGAGGCUGAUAAAUGUGAGGAGCAUGAAGAGAAAAUUACAUUAGUCUCCCCCGCACAUGAAGUUGAUGCCCGUUCGUGUCCUCUCAUCACAAGUGUACACAAAGAGCCUAUAACUUGGUAUAAAAAUGACAGCAUGACAGCUGUAUCUACAGAAAGAGGAUCCAGGAUUCAUCAGCACAAAGACAAGCUCUGGUUUGUUCCUGCUGAAGUGGAGGAUUCAGGAGCUUACUACUGCUCGGUGAGAAAUUCAACUUACUGCCUCAAAAUUAAAAUAGUGGUAGAGUUUGUGCAGCAUGAGCCUAACUUGUGUUACAGUGAACGAACUGUGUUUACCCAGAGACUACUGACCGCGGGAGACGGACAGCUUGUAUGUCCUUACUUGGAUUUUUUAAAAGAUGAAAACAAUGAGUUCCCCCAAGUACAGUGGUAUAAGGAUUGCAAACCUCUACUUCUUGACAAUGUAAACUUUGCUGGAGUAACAAAUAAGCUGAUCAUCACAAAUGUGAACACAACACACAGUGGGCACUAUAUGUGUCUUGCGUCGUACACACACUUGGGAAAGCAGUAUCGUGUCACCCGGGCGAUAAAGCUGGUUACUCUGGAGAAAUCCAGAAACACAAUACCUGAGAUUGUGAGUCCAGCUAAUGAGACAAUGGAAGUGGUCUUGGGAUCCUGGCUUCAACUGAUCUGCAAUGUUACUGGCCGGCUAAGUAACUAUGUCUACUGGAAGUGGAAUGGGUCAAUGAUUAGUACAUAUACUCCUGUGCUGGAGGAAGACUUUAUCACAGUGGAGAAUCCUGUAAACAGAAGAAGGAGUACAGUCCUUGCACGGCUUAAUAUUUCGGCAGUGGAAAGUAAAUUUUUCCUGCAUCCAUUUACCUGUUUAGCCAAGAAUACAGAAGGAGUAAGCACAGCAUAUAUACAACUGAUACAUCCAGUCCCUGAUUUCCAGAAGCCCACAGUUGGCAUAUUCGUCAUGUUAACACUGGUAAUUACAUGCUCUGUUUGCAUCUACAAAGUCUUCAAGGUUGACAUUGUGCUUUGGUACAGAGAUUCCUUCUAUGAUUUCCUCCCGAAAAAAGUUUCAGAUGGAAAGACAUAUGAUGCAUAUGUACUAUGUCCAAAGACCCCUGGGGAAGGGUCCACCUGUAACUCAGAUAUUUUUGUGUUUAAAGUCAUGCCUGAGGUCUUGGAAAAACAGUGUGGCUAUAAGUUGUUCAUCUGUGGCCGAGAUGACUACGUUGGGGAAAGCAUUGUGGAGGUUGUUAAUGAAAAUGUAAAGAAAAGCCGGAGACUGAUUAUCAUUUUGGUCUCAGAAACGUCAGGAUUCAGCUGGCCGGGCAGUUCAUCUGAAGAGCAGGUGGCCAUGUACAAUGCUCUCAUUCAGGAAGGAAUUAAAGUCGUCCUGCUGGAGCUGGAGGAGAUUCCAGACUAUGAGAAAAUGCCAGAAUCCAUUAAAUUCAUUAAGCAGAAGCAGGGGGUCAUACGCUGGUCAGGGGACUUUAGAGAGGGGUCGCAGUCUAUGAACUCGAGAUUCUGGAAGAAGGUCAGGUACCACAUGCCAGUCCAGCGGCAGCGGCGUUUAUCCAAGCACCAGCUGCUGUCCCCGGCCACUCUGCUGGACUCUAAGGAGAAACGACCCAUGGAGGUCCACGUGCCUCUCGGGUAGUGGAGAAGCUUGGCCAAGAGUUCCUCGGUGACUCCUGUCUUCGGGCACUGCAGGCUGGGCCUCACCGACUUGCACAGUCAUCCUACAUACCUGUUUAGUCCCUUAUCCCUGAGGUCACCCGGGACCAGAUUAAGGGAGCAGGAUGUGGCGACAGUUGCUCUGUGGCCAGGGCAACUCCAGGCAGAGGGCUUGGGAAGUCCUUUAACAGGCGCUGGAUGCCCUGUCUGAAUGUUUGAACUGCUAAGAAAAGGCGCUGGGCAGCAAACCAGAGGAAUGAACAUGCAGGUAAUAUUCACCAUCUAUAGACAGAUUUAGGAAGUCUCCCAGGGUCUGAGGGCAGGGCUGUGGCCCAGUCUGGGGACAGCAGGCCCUCGAGUGGUUCUCCUGGGCAUUGCUACAGGCAGACUGAGACCUGUACUUCCCAGAGGACGUAGAAGCAUUCUUGGAGAACUCUCCAUCUGCCUUGCAUUUCCUAUACCUCUCGACAGACAGCUGGCAGUCACUUUCCAAAGAUGGAAUUUCAUUUCAUGGAACCUUUAAAACUGUCAUUUCAACUAAGCAAAGGAAUUCCCCCGACUCUUAAGGGUUUGAGAUAACCUUAGCUUUCUGCAGGAGAGAGAGAAUUUUGAGAGAAUAGCAGAGAAUGGACCCAUCUCUUACUGCCUUCCCCCUGCAGUGACCACUUGGUUCCACCUUAUUCUUCUGCCUAUUCCUGGACUCGUCACUUCUCUGGAAGGUCCACUUCCAAAGUCACCUCCUCUCACUCUGUCACACACACGGCCUAUAGAUGAAACAUCUUUCUACGAUGCUCGGAUCUUAAAAUGCCCUUACUAGACCGCCUCCACGGGCUCCUCCUGGGUCAGGAGCGAAAGCCCACUUCCGCCCACGAGCAUCUCCCCACCGCCCUACGCAGCCAGACACCUCUCAGUCCUGCUCUGCGCACGCCCAGAUCGUUCACCUUCACACCUGUCCCCAGCUUCCCUCCACCUCUGCCUCUCCUUCCUGUCUCCUCUGACCAGAAAUCCUCUUCACAUUUUCUCUAGCUGACCCAAAUUUUACUAAAACUCAAAAUUUACUCCAAGUCCCUUUCCCCAAGAAACUGCCCUCAGGCACUUGUUCUUUUUCUUUCAAUCUGAUUGUACUUAGGCUCUCUGCGGGAACUUGCUUCUGUUUCCAGCUCCAAGCCCUGUUCUCUGCAGAAAAGGCAGGGGUGUCUCUUUGUUGGCAGUGCCUUCAGAAGAAAUUUGCACAGAUAACGUAGACUGGUGUAGUGCUUUACUGUUUAAAAAUGUCCAUGGCUUAUCUUAUUUUUUGAAAACCUCUGUUCAGUUUCCCUUUAACCUUUUCCUUUCAGGCCUUCCCCAUUAAUUAGAUUUUACUGCAUAAUCUGAUGGGAAUUUUUUUUCUUGGUCAGUGUGAGUGUUUAGGAAAAGUUUGCAAGUAUAGUGAAGUAUUCCAUUUCCAGUUGUUAAAACUGGCUUAGCAGAAUUUUUAUUUUCCCCCUUCUGCCUCUAUUUGCAGUAAAAGAGGGUAUUGAGCCAUUUUUUAAUGAGUUUUUUGAUAAAUUAUAUUUGUACUGGUUAAUGAUUUAAAAAAAAACCUUGUUUGUAUAAUUCUGCAGCAGAUACCAAAUAUUUUUAUAUAGAAAGACACCAGAUUCAUGUA